AUCGGAAAAACGUGUCGGGGUGUGAUGGGGCCUGACGCAAGCUGGGUGCCUCCGCCCCAUUCCUGAAACUGGAUUCGCAGCUCCAUAAUGCUGUCACUUCUCUCUUUCUUUCCAGCAUAGUCUUCUCAAAUUCCAGACUCUCCAGCGCAACUGCGAUUGGCAAAUAUGGAUGCAGUUUCGGCGGCAAUCGGUGUGGUAGCCCUCAUCCCGCAGUGCGUUAGCAGCGCCAAAGAGCUUUACGACCUCCGCUCGCGCUACAAAGAUGCCUCAGUCCUCAUAUCUGCGAUAUAUUCCGAGUCAAUGGUGAUUGCUGCAUCGCUUUCCCAGGUCCAGAGUCUACUCCAGCGUGAUGCGUUGCAGAACAAGCCCGAGCUGCAUGAGACGUUUGAUAGAGCUUUAACAGGAUGUCGGGUCGUAUAUGUAUGUCUAGAAGAGGAAGUGCGGGAGCUGGCGGGGAAAGCAAACAAUAAUGAACUACGUUCCAGAGACCGUCUCAAAUAUCUGUGGAGGGAGGAGACGUUCAAGGAGUUGCUGCAGCAGAUUCGUGGGCAGCAGUCGGCACUGAGUCUCCUCAUCCAGGGCCUGCAGAUGGAGUCCAUCGCCGACAUUAAGAAGCUCGUGCAGGACAAUGGUGCAAAGCUGGACCUUGUAGCUUCUCGAUCAAAGUCUCUUCGUCAAUCUCAUCCAAAGGUCAAGGUCCCUCGGUCUGUGUUCGACCAAGAAUCGAAUUCCGAAACCCUCGUGGAUGCGCAAUCUAUUCUGCGCUCUGCUCAGUUCGUUUUUGACGAUGAGGUCAUCAAUUCGACGGCUUAUCGGAGAGCCAUGGCACUGGCAACCUUACAGACCGACUCGAAGGACCCCGCUCCCAACGUUAUAGAGAGAAAUUUGGUUGAUCUCAAGACGCCACACAAAGAUGAUCUAGAUGAUCUAGAUCACCAGGACACUAUUUCCCGGUCAGCUGAUGACCUCAAGUCGCUAAAUCUUACCUCGCCAUCGCCAAGACCUGCGGAAGAACAGCAUAUGCUCAAUGACCACGACCCAGAAAAGCUCGUGGAGGAGAAUGAUGAGCUGCUAGACUCGCUCGAACGGGAUCUUUUGCCGUUCAUGCUUCCAAUGCCAUCUGCAACGUCCAAGUCUGCCAUCGCAAUAAUAGGGGAAGAGUCCCCGCUGCCCACAAUAUCGGAAUCGUUCCAUAACUGCAAGCGAAGCCUAGUAGAUGAGCCAACUCAAACUGAAACCGGUAGUGAGUCUAGACCGGUAAACGAAAAGCCACCCCCUCUUCCACCACGUCGUCCUACUGCACCUGUCUCGGUUUCGGCGAGAUCAUCCGCCAGUACAACAAGGCAAGCCUUUUCUGAAGACAGCGCUUCCAUAGUCUCCGAUCCGUCCAUAUUUUCUGCGACUUCGACUACUUCUUCACGAACACUCUCUGAACCUACUACUAGCGAAUCUGGUAGCUCCUCAACAUUCCACGCGUCCACUUCGAUUCAACGGAAAGGCCUUCCCACCAUUCCUAUAUCGCGAAAAGCUUCCUACGACAUCUUCAGCACGCUUUCUACCGAGCCGGAAGAUUUAAUCCGUGUCGCCUCGGCUGAAGACGUGGAGAUACACAAUAUAUGGGUCUCCCUUGUCGAAGAAGAGCAAAAGUUCAUUGACCGCAUCACUAAAUUCCGCAGAAUUUUCUACGACCCUGUAAUCGCCAAAUGGCCCAUUCUCGAAAAGCAUCUCGAAGUCAUCAUCAUUGGCGAACAGCUUGUUCCGUUACAACGCCAAUACUUGCUAGAGACUCUGGAAGGCCAAAUCUCCCAGACCAGCUUUGCUACUUGCAAUCCGGCAGUCUUCGAAGCCUGGGUGAGUAAAGUGCAUAAGGUAUACAGGGAAUAUGCGCAAAGGCUUCCGCAUGCGGAGAGCGCCGUACGAGUGACAUCGAACGCCGACCCAAAGUUCUCGCCUUUCAUUGGAACGCUUGGCCUCAGUAUUAUCUGGUUUGGAAAGGGCUGGGAGGACUAUCUCGAAUUGCCAAUCUCACAACUAAACGUAUACGUCGAGAAAUUGGAACGUCUUCUCGAACUUACCCCGACUGCUUCCAGUCCCCUUGUAAAGAAGGACGAGCUGCGAUUGAAGCGCGCCCUUGAAAUCGUGCAGAGACUGCGGUCGAGCUGUCAGCGUUUGAUGGAGGAGUCAAAGAAACAUGAGGAACUCCAAAGCCUUUAUCGUAGGAUCCAUACCCUCAAUGCGAAUUUCCUGUCGCAGCUGAGUCUCUCGGAUACUGGGCGACGUAUCUUGAUUCAAGGUGGGCUGGCGAUCAAGCUUCGCGGAGAAGGAUCUUGGCAACCAGUGCAUGCCGUGCUACUAGACAACUAUCUUUUCUGGGGAAAGGUCAAGCCGCCGAAGUCGAAGAGCCUGAGCUACCGCGAGAACAGGCAUGCUACUGGUGGCAGCAUCUGGGUACUCGAAGCCCCAAUCCCUAUCGCAAGCCUCGAGAUCAACCUCCCAGGCAAAGAGAACCAGUUCCAGAGAGCUACUAUCAUGGACGACAUCCCGAGGGGGUCAGUUCUUUACCAACUUUUCGUCAAGGAUAACACCUCAGAGUCACAUGCACAUACGCUUGGUGUCUCCUCAGUGAAUGAGAGGAGGACGUGGUAUGAUCAUUUUAUUGCAGCUAUCGCCGCCCAUGGUGCUGCAACUUGCGUUUGAUAGAGACGGGACGAAGUAAUCCUUUCUGUCGUCAUUGGGCCUUGCAGUCUAUUGUUUGGUAAGCUCCAACACGCUUGGCCUGAUCCGGAUUUGGAAAGCACGAGGUCUUACCUUUGGGCCUUUCGUAUGGCGGACGCCAACCAUCGUCUCAGAGAGUUUGCUACGAUCCACAAGGCGCAACCGACACAGCUAGACCAUGCAGCAUCU